AUGUCGACUUCGAUUGUUCGUACUCUUAAAAAUAUAUACUCGUCAGGACUUAAGAGGGCUGCUUGGCAAGUCCAUAAUCUUAACGAUACCAAGAGAGGUUGGUUAGUUGGUCAAGAUGACUUUGGCAAUAAAUAUUAUGAAACCAACGUCGCAGAAGAAAUACAUUUAAGAACUAGAUGGGUUGAAUAUGCUGAUUGGGGUAUGGCCGUUGAUAUGUCGAAGGUUGAACCAGGAUGGCAUUAUUGGUUGGGUUAUGGUACCAACACUCCUCCAAACAAGUUACCAGCUGAUCAAAAGGUCGUUAGGGCUUACCCAUUACCUGAACAGCAUAAGAAGAACUACACCGGUACUUCAGGUGCGUUUGUCACCUACAAUACCUCUAAACCAAAACAUACUGCCUGGAGUCCAGAAGUUAAAGAACGUGUCGAAGCGUAA